AUGAAUAUCAUCCAGGGCAUCCUCUCUUCCGUAAAGCCCCUGCCGGACAGCGAUUUCUCCGAUCGUCUCUCCUAUGUCUAUUCGACUUUGGGCCUAAUUGUCGGCUCGGCAUUUGUAUCGGGCUGGAGCUUUGUCGGCAGCCCAAUCCAGUGCUGGUUCCCGGCCUAUUAUAAAGGAUGGUGGAUGGAAUACGUGCUAGACUAUUGUUAUGUACAAAAUACGUAUUUUCUACCGUUUACAGAAAUAAAGCCCCAAAACGAGUGGGAUUUCGCGAACCACAUCGUGCCAUACCCGAAAAAUAUCACCGAGCGAGAGGACAAGCAGCUCGGGUACUACCAGUGGGUGCCAUUCAUCCUGGCUCUCCAAGCCUUCCUCUUCUACCUGCCGAUUCUAAUCUGGAGAACGGUUUAUGAGGGCACGGGCUUCAAGAUCGCUACGAUCUGCCAGACAUGUGCCAUCGCUCAGAAUAUGGAGGAGAAGGACCGGGAGAAGAAUAUGCGAAUUGUGUCCGGAUUCCUCGUUUAUGAGCAUUCUGUGGCAAACGCUAUCGGUGGAAAAGUGCGGCGUACGGCUUCUGGAACUUUUGUCAUCGGCACUUAUAUGCUGACAAAAGUGCUUUUCGUGGCCAACGCCCUGCUCCAAUUCGUGCUCCUGAAGGGCUUCCUCGGCGUCGACACAUUUUUCUGGGGCCUACAGGUGUUCAACGACAUUUGCUCGGGGCGGGAAUGGCCGCAGAGUGGCAAUUUUCCUAGGGUAACUUUCUGCGACUUUGAAGUGCGUGUGCUCGGAAAUCUUCAUCGCCACUCCGUGCAAUGCGUGUUGAUGAUCAACAUGUUCAACGAGAAAAUUUUCAUUUUCCUGUGGUUCUGGCUGUUCCUCGUGCUCUGCUACAGCGUUUAUUCCCUGUUCUACUGGCUGUCCACCGCCUUCACCACGUCCUAUGGGAAGAAGGUGGUCCGACAUUAUAUUGAGAAGAUCGACCCUCCGACCGGUGAUGCCGAGUACGACCACCACAAAAAGCAACUUCUCGAGGAGUUUGUCGUGGAUAAGCUGCGUACGGACGGAGUUUUUGUACUCAGGUUGAUCAUGUCGAAUUCUGGGGAUAUGAUUGCGUGCUCGUUGAUAAGGACGUUGUGGCAAGAUUUUGUGAAGGAACGCGGCAGCCGUCCCCCACCUUACGAGAAGCCCAAACUCCUCCAGGGUGGUCUCCUUACUGAUAAGGACCAAGAGAGUGCCUUU